AUGUCGCGCAAAGUUGAUCCGCACUCCUCCAAAUCCAACUUCGCCGACCACAACCUCCGUGGAGAUGAACAGUCCUUCGAAAUGCGGCACCGCCAGAGUUCGGGCACUAAGACUGAGAGACCUGCGCCUGACGGACAUUUGACCUUCGUGCCGCAACCCAAUCGACCGGAAGGACAUCUGCAACAGGGACGAAUGAACUACGAGCAGUUCCUUGAUCUGACCCGUCACAGCCCUCCGUUGCUCUGGGCCAUGAUUGCCGAGUUGCAGACAAUGUCCGCUAUGGAUACUGCAUCAUCUCAGACUCGAAUCACUAUGCUUACGCAGGAACUCGAAACCCAGAAGUUGCAGAACCACGCUCAAAUCGAAGUCAUCGCGGCCAUGUCCAUUCGCCACCAGAAAGGACUCGAGUCCAUGGCUGCAUCCUACCGCAGUCUCGAGACUGUCCCCACUCAAGCCUCGGCUCGCGAAUCUGAUAUCCGUCCGCCCGGAGACCCUCAGCAGCUGGCUCUCCGCAUGAGCUACUGGCUCCCUGACCCUCCACGGUUGAGCAAUGGUAGACAGCCGGACUUUGACCUCUGGUGUGUGUUCAUGCGUCUCAAGAUGCGGGUGAAUGCCGACCGAAUGGACACUGAGGAGGUCCGUAUGGCUUACGUUGCAUCGCGAUGCACGGGUGACGCUGCGCAACAACUGGCUCCUCGUUUGCGAGACGACGCCCCGUGUCCAUUCCGCCACGCGGAGGAAAUGCUUCAAUAUUUGGAGCUCAUUUACGCCCCGGCACUUCAGUCGCUGGACGCCCAUGUGGAGUUCACAGAGCUGAAAAUGAAGUACGAACAGUCUUUCGAAGCAUUCUUCCGCAAGUUCAUCUUGUUGGCCGCGCAGUCGGGCAAGGACGUUAACGAUGGAACCCUGAAGUUUGAGCUGUGGCAUAAGCUCACUCAGGAACUUCGAGACUUAGUCAACCCUGUGUGGAAUGACCAGCCGGUGACAUUCCAAGCUUUUGUGCAACUGGUGAAGCGGUGUGUCGCCCUUCAGGAGUCUAGCAAUUGUCUGGAGCCCGAUGUGGUGACUUAA